UCAGAAAUCUGCCGAGGUAAAUCAAUAACUUUCAUUUAUAGUUUUGUUUGCGUGUUUUGUUCUCAGGUGGAGCUCCAGUAUCUGCACCCACAUGUUGGUAUUUGCACCAGUGUUGGAUUGACAGCCAACCCCGUUGUCAAUUUCUCCGGUGUGAUUGGGACCAGUGUAUUGGCUCUUGGUACCGAUGUGUAUCAAGUGUCCUUUGACACUGAAUCUGGAAACUUUAAACAUUUCAAUACUGGUGUGAGCUUCACUAAGGAUGAUCUGAUUGCUGCUCUUACUCUGAAUGACAAAGGUGAGAACACAGUGGUUGGAGCUGAGGUAAACCACAACUUGAAGAGCCAAGUGAUCUCCAUAACCGUGGGUGCUCAGCACUCUUUGGACCCGUUGACCACAGUGAAGGCACGCGUGAACAAUGCAGGUAUAGCCAACCCGCUGAUCCAACACGAGUGGCGUCCAAAGUCGUUCAUCACCAUCUUUGGGGAGGUUGACUCUAGGGGGAUUGAGAAGAGUGCCAAGGUUGGGUUUACUAUCGCUCUCAAGCCUUGAGAAGAAUUCUAAUCUUUUGGACUAAUCUUUGUCUGGUUUUUUUCUUUAAAAUUGUUCAUUUGUUUUCUUUUUUCUACAAAAUAAGAAAAAAAAAUACUAUGAAAGGAUCGUCUUGAAGAUGAUCCAAGUCUCUUUCUUGAUUAUUUAAAUACUUCAAAUUAUAAAAAUAGAUGUAUUUUCUAAUUUAUAAACGCUUUAAUCA